AACAGCACCCCGGCAACAAAUCACAAAUGUGAAAAGGACAGAAAAGCAAAGGGAACCACCGGUGCCUCCAGCGUAGCAGAUUAUAGGACUGAAUGGUGCUUUGGCCAUAAUAGUGAUGCCAGGGGUUGCCUCCGGAUCCUGGUUCCCUACUGGCUUUCAUGGACACUUCAGAAGUCACAUGCGAAAUGACAUUUAUCAGGAGUAUCGCAGAGAAGCCAGGCCUGAGCCGCCACAUGUAUUUGAGAAAAGAAUAAAAGAGCAGCCAACAAAUCAUAUAUUUUCAAGGCAUGAUAAUCGUCACAUUUUUCCAAGCUCUGUCUAUGUUUUUGAAAAUGGCAUGGGCAAGAAGAAAAUGCUUAAUGCUAGGGAGUCCUACAAUGUUCUCCGUUGGGUGCCUCUGGAAAAGAACCUUGAGAUGCAAACACCUCUUCUCAGCACCUACAGGAUGGAUUUCUGGGAACAUGGCCCCACAACAGAGAAGAUGCCUCAGCUCAUUGUACCAAGGUUGUCAUCCACCUCGUAUCCCGGGAUAAAAAUCAAUAGACAGUUAUUUUGGAGUCCACAGUCUAGACAAAACCUUGCCAUAGACCGUACUCAUAGUAAAGUUCCUGAGCAGCCAACACUGAAGGACAGUAUUCCAAAGACUGCCCAUUCUAGGACAUCAAGCUCUUCAUUGCGGAGAAUUGUAUCUUCUCCUUGUAAAAGACUGACAGUGUCUGACUGCCUUAAUUGGCAUUCCCAAGAAAAUAUAAAUCAGAAAAAUAUAGAAAAGGAGUAGCAGACUGAUGUUUAAUUGGGCGCUCCUUUCAGUGACAUAGUUUUGAGCCACAACAAUGUAAUAUAUUUGGGUGUCUCUUGCCACAAGGGGUUUGAAAUUGCUAACUAGUCAGCCUGUUGACUGUUUUCCUGGAUCCUUCUUGUAUCCUCUACUUGAGUUAACUGUUCUUGGUGGUCUUUUUCCCUAUAUACCUUACACAAGCUAAUUAUACAUAGUAUUUGAACACCAAAAUGGGUUCAAUCAGUUAAUAUACUAAAAUUAUUUUUAUAUGUAUCUAUAUACAGAUUUCAUGUACUGUCCAUAUGAAAAUAUAUAUUUUUUGCUUAUGAUAUUUGUGCUGUAUGAUAUUUGUGACACACAAAGCUGUUGUCAUACACAUUUUUAGUGAAAAUGCUUACCAGAGCUAGUGUUUUCCUAUUGACUAAGGGUGCCCAUACAUGGGCAGAUUUAAGCUGCGGAUUCAGGUCCUUGAGACCGAUUAGGCAGCUUAUCUGCCAUUAUUUGGGGUCCUCCAACAGGCCUGAAAUCGGGCAGAUGUCGAUAUGGCAGGCUUGAUUUUUUCAUUGGAUCGAGAACCACAUAAGCUCAUUCAUGCAGUCCUCGCUCUGAUCUUUUUGUUUCCCCUUCACUGUAAUGCAAUAAAAGUAAUGCAAUUGUUGGCCAGUCA